ACAAUUUCGAGAGGCAAGCUGGGAGGACCUGUGGAGAGCCAAAUGAGAGGAGGCGAAUAGAAGAUGAUGGGAUGGCCGUGACAACAUGAAAAAGAAAAAGUGCGGUGGUCUAUUUUCAUCCUGCCAGUGAUUCAACGCACCUAUAACCUGGGGGACAGGGACUGAGAGAGAAGAGGUUGGAGACAGGUGCGAGGCCACAGCCGUGACCAUGGAGCCUCCCCCCUCUCUGAGCUUGGCUCUGCUAGGAGGGAGUGAGGAUGAGGACCAGCGCUUCCUCUAUCCCCUGGGCAUUAUAUCCCAUUCCUCCGCCACUGGCAACCAGCCAGGAUCAAACCACUCCAACCACAUGGGAGGAUCGAGCCUCGACCGUCUAAAUGGCACCACCCCAUCCCCUGCCACGCCCAGCGUACCUUCAGUGUCACUCCCUAAAUUGCCCCUGUCUUCCUCUGGAGCGCAGCCACUGCCGCCACCCAUCCCCAACGCCCUGCACCCAACCAGCACCCCGUUGUCCUCUUGCUUGGGCUCACAGCACAGCCUGAGUGGGGACAACUCCCCAGUCUACAACGCCCUCUUUUACUCCUCCCACUCGCCAUCCAUGGAGCGGGAUAGGGACAGAGAACGUGACAGGGACAGGGAAAGAGAGCGGGGCUGCAAACAUAGACAAGCUAGCCCUCUUAUUCACCGCAGGGACAGUAACCCCUUCACAGAGAUCGCCAUGAGCUCCUGCAAGUACACAGGCGGGGUCAUGAAGCCCCUGAGCCGCCUUAGCGCCUCCCGCAGAAACCUCAUUGAAUCAGACAGCAGCAGCGAAACCAAAGAGGGUGGCGUUUCAGCUGUUGCCGGGGCAACGGCAGCUGGGGGACAUGACCGACAGCGAGAAGCCCCUCCCACAUCUUUGGUGGCCCAGUCCUCUACCAAUCAACCCCCAAUCCAGAGCCCUCCGGAGAUUGUGAUUUCAUCCAAAGAAGACUCACCGUACCCCAGAGCAGGGUAUGACAUCACCGACUCCACAUCCAACCAGAUGUCCAUCUACCACCAGAACCACGCUCUGGUGGAGAGCAGGCGGGGGCAGCCGGGCAGAAGCAGCAGGCAAGGCGGGGUCGGGGCAGUGGGCACCGGGGCUCGGGGCAGCACCUCCAAGGCCUCCAAACGGAAGAACCAAAACAUUGGCUAUAAACUGGGGCAUCGCAGGGCAUUAUUCGAGAAGAGGAAGAGGCUGAGUGACUAUGCUCUCAUCUUCGGAAUGUUUGGAAUCGUUGUCAUGGUGAUUGAGACGGAGCUGUCGUGGGGCGUGUACACAAAGAGCUCCAUGUAUUCUCUGGCCCUGAAGUGUCUGAUCAGCCUGUCGACGGUCAUACUGCUGGGACUCAUCAUAGCCUACCAUGCACGAGAAGUUCAGCUGUUUGUCAUCGACAAUGGAGCAGACGACUGGCGCAUCGCCAUGACAAUGGAAAGGGUCCUGCUGAUCGCGCUGGAGCUGCUGGUGUCUGCGGUGCAUCCGGUGCCCGGGGACUUCAAGUUUCAGUGGCGGGCACGGCUGGCCUUCUCGUAUGCGCCGUCGCAGGCCGAGGCUGACCUGGACAUGGUGCUGAGCGUGCCCAUGUUCCUGCGCCUCUACCUCAUUGCCAGAGUCAUGCUUCUGCACAGUAAACUCUUCACCGACGCCUCCUCCAGGAGUAUAGGUGCCCUAAAUAAGGUGCAUUUUAACACACGAUUUGUAAUGAAAACCCUCAUGACUAUCUGCCCCGGGACGGUGCUGCUGGUCUUCAGCAUCUCUCUGUGGAUCAUCGCUGCCUGGACCGUACGAGUGUGUGAGAGGGAGACACUGGAGAAUGAUGGUGAAAAUUUAAAGAGAACAGGGAUGGGUAAACCUGUUGCCUGCUCCAGUUGCCAACGGCGACCUGUUGCUAACAAUAUGUGUGUGUUUGUGUUUUUCGUCUGCGAGCAGAUAAAGAACGCGGCGGCCAACGUGUUAAGGGAGACGUGGCUCAUCUACAAACACACCAAGCUGAUGAAGAAGAUCGACCACUCCAGGGUUCGCAAACACCAGCGGAAGUUCCUCCAGGCGAUUCAUCAAUUACGUAGUGUGAAAAUGGAGCAAAGGAAACUCAGUGAUCAGGCCAACACACUAGUGGACCUCUCAAAGAUGCAGAGCGUCAUGUAUGAGCUUAUGUCGGAGCUCAACGACCGCAGCGAGGACUUGGAGCGCCAGAUGCUGUCCCUGGAGCAGCGGGUGGAGCAGCUCACCGCCGGCUUUAACGCCCUCCCUGCCCAUCUCUCUGCCACCCUCAGCGCUCAGCACGCUGCCCUGGUGCACCUGCUGCGAGAGAGGGAUUCAAGGGACGUUAGAGGAGGCGGAGGUGCUGUGGUCCCAUUGUCCCCAGCAACUUCUAUAUCCACUGCCACAGCAUCCGUUUCUCCAGUUCAGAUCAUUGCUCCAGCACCACUCCCAGCCCAAGUCCCUACUUUGGCCCUGGAGUCCCCUCUGUCGCCUCCACCACAGCUGAGCUCAGAGGGGAGUCUGGAGGCAAGUCCCAACUCCAACACCUGCACCUCUAGCUGCUGAAGACAGCUCUGAGGACCAGGAGUGGACACAUCUGGGGACAGAACAGGGAGAGAGGAAGGGGACGCUUUGCUCGUCCUCUUACUUCAGACUAAGACAGAGAAAUGAAAUGUGAGGUGAUCCUCUGAAACUCACACUUCCAGAGAGCUGGAUGAAGACGGGACUGUGAGGAGAAAUAAUGGGAUUAAGAUGAAGGGCCAGUAUGAAGGAUGAGACAUGCUCGGGACUUUGGGGCACUUUCCUUGAUGACGGGAAGGAGCGGAAAAAAUGGAGACUCUGAAAGGUGUGAGGGGGAGGAAGAAUGUCAAGAGGGUGAGAAAUGGAGGUAGGGAGGAUGAGGAGGGGGGAGGAAAGAGGAGGAGAAAUAACGAGGAAUAAUUAUAUGAACUCAGAGCUCCUAAAUGGAAUACACUCCAAUUAUUGAAAAAAGGCCUUUUAUUCCCUCUAUUUUUCUCUCUCUCUUUCCUCCCCCCUUCUCCCAAUCUUUCUCUCCCUUCAUCAGGAAUUAAUGACCAUGACUUUUUAUCCUUAUAAUGUAUUUUCUAUCCGAAUGCUAUUUGUGUGUUAACGAGCAUCCCUUUAACAGAAGGUUCGAUCAUACGACCAUUAAAAAAAAAAAACUAGUGGCAUGCACUGCACACACACACAACACACACACACACACACACACACACACUCUGACAAACACACUCACACAUUAUUUCAGCUCGUCCUCCACACAGUACAAGCAGAAUGACACAAUCUUUACAAAACGCCCUAUUUACACGCACACAAAAGAAAUUAAUGCACCAGCCCACAUGAUAACACUAAAGCCUAUAUACUGCCAAGCACUCGAUGCACAGAGCACUGCCAAGCAAUGUAGACGCACUGUAAAAACGAAAUGUUUAUCCGAUCCACUUGUGUUUUGUGGGUAUGAGCUAAUGCAGUAGUUUAGCCUGAGCACAGUUGUGACAUUUUAACGACUCAGUUGGGAGAAUCAUUACGGUUCACGGGACUACACAAAUUGUGCAUGAAGCUGAAAUAAGAUGACAUGAUACAUGAGUCAUCACAACGUCUUAUUUGUGAUGAAGGAGACAGUAGCAGGCGAUAAAAUCAUGUUACACAACUAUAACAGGACUUGAUUACUGCACUGAUGGAUUUACAGGUUAAGUCGAACUGAUGUUUAUGUGUGUUUGCUUUACUGAAAUUUAAACUUUUGUUUAAUUCCUGUGAUCAUUUCGUUGCCUAUGAAAACCUCAGAAAAUUGACAAUUAAUAUUUGUGUAUACUCUUUCUCUUUCUGGGAGAACUUUCAGAUUUCAACAUUUAUUUAUUUUGUAUUUAUUUAUAUAUUUAUUUAUUACAAUACUGGAACUGCAACUCAGAGCUUUGCAGGAAUUUAAUGAUUCUCAUUACAUGUUGGUGAAUCAUUUACUGGAGUCCGUCCACCCAGGGGCAUAAAUCAAAACUUUAUCCGUGAAUAAUAAAUGAUCUGCUCAGUCUUUUACAUAAACAUGGCCGGGCAGUGCGGUCAAAUUGACUGGAGGGAUUACUGCUAUUUUUCAGUUUAAAAAAUGCUCAAAUAUAGAUUUUUACAUCAGUAAUUUAAUUUACCUCUAAAAUUAAAAACUGUGUGAAUAUAAGUUGAAUGUUAUUGAUAUUUUUUUCAGUGCACGGCUGUGUUAAAGACCACUGCCAUCCUGUUUUUCAAGCUUACAGUCCCAAAACAACUCACUGUUAUCAUGAAUGUAUUCUGUGUUAAGAAAAUUAGCUCCGUGCAGACACAGAAACACAAACACACAGGUGCAUGUACACACACACACACACACACACACACACACACACACACACACACACACCUCAACAACCAAAGUGCUCUCUCUUAAAUGGACUUCAAUAAGAGGCAGGGAACGCUGCUGUCACUGGGGACAAAAAGAUAGCAGGAGGCAUUGCAGAAAUCUUGACAAUAUUUCCGAGGGAAUAACUGUGAAAAUGUGGGCAUGGACUUGUUACAGUGCUGAACAUGGACUGCUCCUCAUUGCUUUAAAACCAGAUUAAGGCGGACUACAGAUGAACACAAAUAAACCUUAUAAAGGAAAAUGGCCAUGACGGAACAGCUGUUCAUGAAAACACACAGAAAGAGAGACUGAGGUGUAUCUGAGAGGAACUGUAAUGGUGUGAUGGGGAGAGAAGACACAAGCCCUUUGCAUUGGAGACAAUAUCAAAACUGUCUUAUAGCGACACGCUGUGGCCGGAAUACUGAAUUACAUACGCUUGGAAUAUUGUACAGUAUGCUGUUAACGAAAUCUAGCUUUGUAUUGCUUAGUCUUUUUCUACCAUUAUGAUUAAACGCAGUUAUAGCUGAUAUCUAAUAUUAUUAAACCCUAGUAUUCUUCUCAUUCGUCAUGACAACUAUGAUUCUAUGUAUUAACAAUACGUUAAAUAAUUAUGAACAAGGAAAGUGCCGUUUGAGGUUGAAAUUAUUUUGUAAUUUUAUUUUA